CUGGGCCGGGGCGGGCGGCGGGGCCGGGGCCGUGCUCGGCGCUCGGAGCCGGGCGCGUCCUGCCGCCGCUCGCCCUCCGCGGCCCCGGGAGCGGCCCCGGUUGCGCCGCCGUGGCAAGGCGCGGGGGGGGUCCCGGGAUGUCCUCGUCGCCCGCCGAGGAGUGCCGGUCGCCCGUGGGGCUGGACUGCUGUAGCUGCUGCCUGGACUUGGCCAACCGGAGCGGGCUGGAGGAGGGAGCCGGGGGCGAGAACAACAACCUGGGCAGCCCCACGGUGAGCAGCUUCCGGCAGCUGCAGGAGCAGCUGGUCCGCAAGAACCUUAACACCGACAAGCUCAGCUCUAUCAUGCGCCAGGACUCCCUGGAGCCCGUUGUGCGGGACCCCUGCUACCUCUUCAACCAAGGCAUCUGCAACAGGAACAUCGACCAGACCCUGCUCUCUAUCCUCCUGCUCUUCCACAGUGCCUCCGGAGCCAGCGUGGUGGCCAUCGACAACAAGAUCGAGCAGGCAAUGGACCUUGUCAAAAAUCACCUGAUGUACGCGGUGCGGGAGGAGGUGGAGGUCCUGAAAGAGCAAAUAAAAGAACUGUUGGAGAAAAACUCCCAGCUGGAGCGUGAAAACAGCCUCUUGAAGACCCUCGCCAGCCCUGAGCAGCUGGAGAAGUUCCAGUCCAGACUCCCCGCUGAGGUCCUGUGCCCAGAGGAGCAGAGCCCUGGGGCAACUGCCCCGGCCCAGCACUCUGGGGGCUCUGCGGUGUAAGGUGGCUCUGUCCUCGGGGUGGGCAGAGCCACAGAACUCUUUCUACUUAAUCUCCUGCAAAAUCGUUUCCGCCUUCAUCUCACACGAAGGACUGCCAGAGCACGGCGCUGAGCCGUGGCCCCCCGGGCAGCCCUGGCCAGCCAGCAGAGCCAGCGGCUGUCCUGCACGAGGAUGCUCUUCUGCGAGGGAGACCCGGGCAGCUGACCCCUCCCCAUCCAACCUGCCGUGUGCCAGGAGUGAAUCUGUAGCCUGCCCAUCCCUGGCUGUGCUGACACCUGGGCAUCUGCAGCCCCCUGGCAGUACCAGCGGCCUUCGGCACUUCAAUGUGAAGCCACGGUUGGAAGGGGCACGUGCCCGGCCCUGUGCAUGUGCUGCACCAUGCCAGGGGCUUGUUCUGGCAAAGCCUGACCUGGAGGAAGACCGUUGUUUAGUGAGCAAGGCAGAUGUGUCCCGCUCGCCACCCAGGAGCCCACUGGAGCCCAAACCUGACUGAUCAGCAGCUGCGGCGCAGUGCAUGGCUGUACACACACCAGUGUGGGGAUUACAAAGAGAAAAAGCUUGUUUUGUUAGUUUGGGCGUCUUCUGUAGCUGCAUCUAUUUACAAACAUCCGCAAGAGCAGUGCCCACCAGGCUGUGGGGUGCCCAUCUGGGGGGAUUCAAGGCAAGACUGGAAGGGUGAGCAGCUGGAACUGGGUGUCUGGCACUGCUAGCAGCCCAAGGAGGGGAUGGAUUCACCCCUCGGCACCCACCACGACCGAGCUGUGCGGCAGCGCUGCGAGGAUGGGGCCUGACAGCCGGGCAGAGCCGCAACUGCCUCCCAGCCCCCGGGCUGAGGGGUGCUGGCCUGGGCUCCUGGGCUCCCACCUUCCCUGGGCAGCUCUCUGGGAAGUGACAAGAUGUCCCUUUUGACAUCAGAAGCGGUGAUACAGUUGUGUAAAUUUAGAUAGAAAUGGCAAUAAACUUUACUUUUUAUAUAAA